CAAAUCGCAGAUUUGGAAGUUCCCCGAAGCUCCCCGCGGAGGCCCAAGCUCUGGCGCAGACCGAGGCAUCUUGACCCUGCGGCCCCCGCCACUACUUCCGCGUCACCCCACUACGAGACAAUGUUCACCGGCCUUGUUGAAAUAAUAGGCACCGUCACUGCCUUGGAGCAGCUUGACAAGACUGCGAGCGGAGGCGGCGGAACCUCGCUCACCAUCGGGGAUGCGCAACAUAUUCUGGAAGGCGCUCAAUUGGGGGAUAGCAUCGCCAUCAAUGGUGGGCAACCUCCGCAGUUUAUCGUAGCGCCGCUCAAAAUAGACACAGGAACAUGUUUGACGGUGACGGAAUUCGACAAGACUUCCUUCAAAGUCGGCGUCGCCCCCGAAACGCUCCGCAAAACGAACUUGGGCUCGCUCAAAGAGGGCUCUAAAGUCAAUCUCGAACGCGCUGUCGCGGCAUCGACGCGCAUGGGUGGUCACUUUGUACAAGGACACGUCGACACGACCGCUUCAAUAGUAUCUAUAACUCCCGACGGAAACGCGCUCACCUUCCGCUUCAAACCGCGCGAUCCCGCCGUGCUUAGAUAUGUCGUAUACAAGGGAUACGUCACCAUCGACGGAGCCAGCUUGACCGUGACAAAGGUCGAGGACGGGCCUGACGGUUUCUGGGAGGUCAUGCUCAUUGCCUACACACAAGAAAAGGUCGUUACGGCGUCAAAGAAGGUUGGCGAGGAGGUCAACGUUGAGGUUGACCAGGUUGGCAAGUAUGUUGAGAAGAGUGUAGCUGGUUACUUUGAAGGGACCGCAAACGGCGAGUUCGCGAUCCUCGAGAAGAUGGUGUCUAAGCUAGUUGAUGAGAGACUGAAGGCCCUCGGGAAAUAA